AGCCGACUGGGAGCGACUGAGCGGGCUUCCGCCGCCGCCAUGAACCCCGGAUAUGACCGCCUGUUUAAGCUGCUUUUGAUUGGCGACUCAGGCGUGGGCAAGUCAUGCCUGCUCCUGCGGUUUGCUGAUGACCCGUACACAGAGAGCUACAUCAGCACCAUCGGGGUGGACUUCAAGAUCCAAACCAUCGAGCUGGAUGGCAAAACUAUCAAACUUCAGAUCUGGGACACGGCGGGCCAGGAACGGUUCUGGACCAUCACUUCCAGCUACUACCGGGGGGCUCAUGGCUUCCUCGUGGUAUAUGACGUCACUGACCGGGAAUCCUAUGCCAACGUGAAGCAGUGGCUGCAGGAGAUUGACCGCUAUGCCAGCGAGAACGUCAAUAAGCUCCUGGUGGGCAACAAGAGCAACCUCACCACCAAGAAGGUGGUGGACAACACCACAGCCAAGGAGUUUGCAGACUCUUUGGGCAUCCCCUUCUUGGAGACGAGUGCCAAGAAUGCCACCAAUGUCGAGCAGGUGUUCAUGACCAUGGCUGCUGAGAUCAAAAAGCAGAUGGGGCCCGGAGCAGCCUCCGGGGGCGAGUGGCCCGAUCUCAAGAUCGACAGCACCCCUGUAAAGCCGGCUGGCGGUGGUUGUUGCUAGGAGGGGCACUGGAGUGGGACAGCAGGGGGCACCUUCUCCAGAUGAUGUCCCUGGAGGGGGCAGGAGGUGCCUCCCUCUUCCUCUCCUGGGGCAUUUGAGUCUGUGACUUUGGGGUGUCCUGGGCUCCCCAUCUCCCUCUGGCCCAUCUGCCUGCUGCCCCGAGCCGCUAUUCUGUCAGGGUCCCUAAGGGAGGACACUCAGGACCUGUGGCCAGGCAGGGCGGGGGCCUGCUCUGCUGCUGCCUCUAGGUGACUUUCCAAGAUGCCCCCCCUACACACCUUUCUUUGGAAC